AUUCUACUCUUGCAUUCACCUGACACAGCGAAUACGCCUGACUCAGCGAUUACCUUCGUGGGUUUCCCAAAUUCCCAGCGCAUUUGCCACCAUACAUUUCGCUUCCGCCACGAGAGAGGAAGCAAGCGUCUGUCCGACGCACGCUAACACAAGUCACCGAUUUCUUCCACGGCCUGAUCGGAAACCGUGCGCGUCGGUUUGAUCAACUGCCGCUCAACGAGUCUAUUUUUGUGGUGGUUUGAUCAACUGCCAGCACCCUUCCGCUGAUCCUUUUUCGACGCGCGUCAGUAGCAAUGGCGUCUCUUAUCUCGGCCGAGAUUGUCGCGACCAUGGCUGUCGCCAAGUCCGCGACGAAUCGCAGCUGCUCGAAGCUUUCUACGUGCUCGCCGCUGCUACCAUCCUACACUGCUCUUCCUCAGCGAAUCUCUCUUGGAAAAAAAAGCCGAGCACCAAACAGGCCGUCGGGAAUAUCCGCGCGAGGCUCACUUGAAGACGAGAGAGAAACAGGAGCAGCAGCCAGCAACAGCAGCAGCAGCAGCAGCAGCAGCAGCCAGACGUCUCCCUCACCUCCAGCCUCAUCUGCGGCUUCUCCUGCGGACGAAGCAGAGGAAAUCACCCGGAAAUGGGGCCUCGAAGCCGGGCUUUGGAAGGCCCUCACAUCGAAAGGCGGAGCUUCUUCUGCUGACUCUGCUCCUGCCAGCACUGCGGCUGAUGCACCAGCCACGGGCAAUCCCAAGGCCAGGAGCAAUGCUGAGGUGGCAAAGGACCUGCUGACUCGUUACGGAGGGGCGUACCUGGGGACCUCCAUCUGCCUCUCCCUCGUCUCCUUCUCUCUCUGCUACGUGCUGGUCGACCAAGGCGUGGACGUGGCAGGGCUCUUGGACUCGUUUGGCCUUCACGUGGACAGCACAGGGGAAGCCGUGGGCACCUUUGCCAUCGCCUAUGCGGCCCACAAGGCCCUCUCUCCCGUGCGCUUCCCCCCCACUGUGGCGCUCACUCCGGUGGUGGCUGGCUGGUUGGGGAAGAGACAGGAGAAGGGGGAGAAUAAGGCGGAGUAAGAGGAAAACGGGCAAAGGGAAGAAGGGGGAGAGGGUUGGGUGUGAGGGAGAAGUGGAGGAUGCAGUGAAGGGAGUGGGUGGGCACUUUUGCCUGUAUGUUUCCCUCCCACGGUGGCGCUCACUCCUGUGGUGGCUGGCUGGCUGGGGAAGAAAAAGGCAGAGAGAAGAAAAAGUACCAGGGGAAGGAGAACCGGGGGGGGGUGAGGAAGAAUGGGUGAAGCAGUGAAGGGAGUGGGCACUUCUGCCAUGGCCUACGCGGCCCACAAGGCCCUCUCUCCGGUGCGCUCCCCUCCCAUUGCGGUGGCUGUCUGGCUGGGGAAGAAUGAGGAGGGGAGUGGGAGAGGGUGUAGCUAGAGAAUUCAUCUUCCUUGUGUUGUAGCAACUAGCAAGCCCUUGUUGUCGCGGGAUGCUCUGUUUGUCUCUCAGUUCGUCUCUGGGUGCUUGUAGCUGGUAGUCCAUGGCAGUCCGGACCGGGGCCCCUGUGGAAAGACAGUUUUUUCCCCCACAAUGAGUGGUUUGUUGGACAGCUCCAGCUCUCAGAUGAACAGUUUUUAACUAGAAUGAGUCAUACAGGUUGUUUUUUUUAAGUGUUGUAACCUCUAGGAACAUGCACAUAUCUAGCCUAUUAUAACAUAUACACA